CUGGUCAUUCCGUUAGAGUAGAAAGAAACAGAAAUGAAGACUACAAUUGUUUGUAUGAUUCUACUGUGUGUAAAAAUGAUGAAAAAUUGUCAAGCUUAUAAUUCAGCACAGUGGACGAAUAUUAUCCUUGAUUCUGAUUCCUUAGAUGAUGAUAGAAGUUGGAUAAAUAACCCUGAAGGAUAUUUAUAUGCUGAAAAACGUACUAAAGAUACUGAGCAAAUCAAUAAAUUACGUUCAUCAUCGAAAGAUUUAUUUUCAUCUCAUGGGCCCUGGCAAUGGUUAUGCCCUUGUGAAACUCAGUAUGAUAUUGUUGAUCUUGGACAGGGAAACUAUCCUCGAUAUCUUGCCACUGCUCGUUGUGUGGCAAAACCCUGUCAUGGAAAAUUCAAUCCAUGUAAAUUAAUUUACUAUAAGGUUCAUGUUUUAAGUCAAAGGGAACUUGAUGAUCGAAGUGAUGCAGCUGAUGAUACGUACAUCGACCAAUCUUUAUUACCAGAAUCUCUCCAAGUAAAAUGGCAACUCAAACCACUUAAAGUUGCUGUUGCAUGUAUUCCUGCUACAGAAGGACAAAAUAACUGAUCAAAACGUGAUUUUAAUUGAAUUCAA